AUAUGGUUAUGGCUAUGGUGGAUAACUUGCAGAGAGCAAAGAACAGAAGAUGGCGCAAACGCUGGCAAUGCCCGUGGCACCUUCCCUCGCUAUCAUCUCCAAUGCUCGCCUCACCAACACAGUUUCGCUUCCCGUUCUGAACACAAAGGUUCCUGGGCUGAGCAUAAAGUGCGUUCGUGUCGGCGGUGUGGAGAUUCCGAACAAUAAGAGAAUCGAGUAUUCAUUGCAGUACAUUCAUGGAGUUGGAAGAACGAGAGCGCGACAAAUCCUGUGUGAUAUCAGCAUGGACAACAAACUCACGAAGGACCUCUCUGAGGAGGAGCUCAUCACUCUCAGAGACGAGGUCUCCAAAUACAUGAUUGAAGGAGACUUGAGACGGUUCAAUGCGAUUAAUGUGAAGAGACUGAAGGACAUCCAGUGCUACAGAGGAAUAAGGCACAUUCAGGGGCUUCCUUGCAGAGGCCAGCGAACCAAGAACAAUUGCAGGACCUUGAAGGGUAAGAAGGUUGCUAUUGCCGGCAAAAAGAAAAAGUAAAUACCUCUUGAUUUUUUGUGAUGUUGUUUUCUAAUUGUCAAUUUUGUAAGAAAAUAAGAAAUCAAUGUUUACUACCAUUCAAUUAUUUUUGUCAACACGCAUGUAAUGUAUCGUAUUUGGAAGUUCAACUAAUGUACUUGGCAAUACAUGACUUUGACAUUGUAUGAAUCACUCA